AUGGGGGAGAAGAUUACAAUAGUAGGAUCAAAUCCCCACCAACAAAAUGAGAAAUCAGACAAAUUGGAAGUUCUUUUCGUUUUUUCUUCUGCUUUUAGGAACCUUUUUGUUAAUGUGAAUUGUUUUUAUUUUGUAAGGGGAAGAGGAAAGGAAGCUAUGGAAAUCCCAGUCCAGCAGAAGAAGCUUUCACUCGAUAUUAAGGGAAAUAAAACAGAUAUAGUCAUAUGUGCCUAUGAUGACCAUUUUAUGGUUAUAGCUACUCAAAUAGGAAGCAUGGGUACAAUAUUGCAGGCCAGGAAGGAGGAAGGGGUGUCGAUCCAUCCAACCUUUAGUGUUUCUGUAUUACUGGGUAAACGCGAUGAGCCCAUGCUGGUUGCAUGUGCUCGGCAGAUUAUUGAGCACAUAAGUAAUGCCGGAUCUUCUAGGUCUUUGGUUUUAUCUCUUGGACUACGCGACCAUUCUCUGCCCACUUUGAAGGGUAUCGUUUCGGCUGUCACUGAGAACUGCCUUUGGUGACCUAUACUCUGUCAAUUUUGGAUUGUUCAUAGUUGUUAUAGCCAGAAGAGAGAAACUUAAUGAUUAAUUCAGUCCUGUGAAGUGUUUAUGCUUACUCCUUAAUGAUGUUCUAUUAUCAGCAAGACUUCUCUAGACUGUAAAAAAAGUGUUUCUAUUGGUGUCCUU